AUGAAGGAAGAUGAAGUGAGGGUAAUCAUGUACUGGUCAUUCUCUUAUAGAAAGAAACUCCACGACCAAACUAGAUCAAACAACGUUCUAAACUCAAAGCUUUGUCCCUUCUCUUCAUCGCCUUCCUCACCUUCAGAUUCUCCUCCAUCUGAUACACCAGCCACCGCCUUAGGAAAGUACAAAGGUCAUAGCUGCCGCCAUGGGCAAGUAGGAGGUGUCAACAGCCUUGGCAAUCAAGUUUCAGAAUUGGUGAUUCCUCAAAGCUAUGAAGCUAGAGCUGGAAACCCUAGAAUCAGGAGCUGGAACUCUAGAAAUCUGGAGGUGGCGAGUCUAGUACCUAUAUGGGAACUUGUUUUCAUCCGGAUACUUAACGUGAAAAUCGAUCGAGGUAGGGGAAAAACUUGGGGAGCCUCUAUGUUUGCAUUGGAUGGUUGUUUACAUGAUUGCAUUGGAUGGUUGUUUACAUGAUUGUAUGCAUUUAUGUCCUCUGUUUCUCCUUGGUUGGUAUGGCUGAAUAGUGAACACACUUAUAUAUUCAAAGUAUUUGAUGCAUCAAUAAGACAUGAAGUAUAAGGGUGGUGAUGGUAAUGUGAAUUUGCUAUUGGAAUAACUAUGUUGAUAGUUUAUCUUUUGCGUAGUUGAGUCUAUAACCUCAGCAGGUACCAGAUCCCAGGUAUGCCCACUUGUUAAUGUGCACUUAGUAUAGGAUAUUGAAAGGGUAAUUCGGGACUGGUGAAAAGGGAAUGGAUAAGAUGACUAGCAAAAGAGGGUUAGGGGGAUUGAUUUUUUUGGGAGGGGGUAGUUCACAUUGUUGAAUACUCUGAGUCACCUUCGUGGUAAAAUACAUGGUAUGGGACAUGUAGACUCGGUUUAUUUUGCAAUGUGGAUUAUCGGGAAUAGAUAGUAGUUGCAUCCAUUCAUUAUUGCUAUUCUAACUAUGAUCUUCAAAGAGGUUUUAUUCUCC